CUUUGAAUUACACCUUUUAAAAUAAAUUCCAUCUCCUACUCUACUAUAUAAUUUCUAUCAAAAAAAAUAAAUACUAUUUACUAAGUAAAACAAAAUGUCAGGUAAACAAGGGUCUGCAAUUUUAUGGGCUAUAUUUAUGGUGUUGUUUACUAUUCAAAUAACUAAUGCUGCUAUUUACAAUGUUGGAGAUGGUAAUGGCUGGACUUUGGGUGUUAGUAACUGGCCUAAUGGCAAGAAUUUCAAAACUGGCGAUGUGCUUGUAUUCAAAUAUCCUAAAGGUAUUCACAAUGUGGUGAUAGUGAACAAGGCUAAUUACGGUACUUGUAAGGCUUCAGGGAAAACACUUAGUUCUGGAAAUGAUAGAGUAACUCUUGGCAAGGGCACAUACUACUUUAUUUGCGGCAUUCCUGGUCAUUGUAAUGGUGGCCAAAAGAUUUCAGUUACUGCUAAUUGAUAAGUAUAUCUCUUCAUUUCUAUAUUUGAAGAAUGAAAUAAUAACUUAGUUAUACUAGUUUUCUUUUUUCAUUCCAGUACUCCACAAGCAAAAAACAUCUAUAUGGAUCAAGAAAUAAAACAUUCUAUAUAUAUCAUUGGUACUCCAAAGUA